GCCUGGGUAUGAAAAGUUUCCUUACUGGCACUCUGAUUUCAAAGUACUAAAUAAAUUAAUAAAGUAUUAAAAACCUAUUCUGUAUUUCUUUGCAGUUCCUUAAACUUCUACAGACCACAUUUUGAGAUUGUUAACCUUGAAAGUUUAUGUGCAGAUAGGUAUUCCUGCCAUGAUUUGCAUGGAAACGGAUGAUAGAAGGGACUCUCUUUUUACAAAUGCGAAUUCUGAAAAUCCAGUCUUCCAAGCUGGUAGCAGAAUCAAAAUUGGAACCCAAGUCUAAUAGUAACUAAUACCGUUUGUAGCUCCAGCCAUGAGUGCUGAUAAACUGGUCAAGUCUACGGACUGAACACUGGCGUUUCUACCAUUCUGGCUAGCUAGCCUGAGGGUUUGAUUCCUUUCGCUACAGCUCGUACUCCAGCUUUCACUCUUUCCCACCACUUGGGGGCUCGCAGAUUCUUCACCCUUUUUAAGUUCCCCACUUUUCCCUUUCCCAGCGUCCGAAGUACCGCAGAAUACCCGUCAGGGGUCGCUGCAACCCCCUGGUACCGCAGCCCCUCCCCUGGCCAACCGUCGAUUGGGCCGGCGCGUGACGUCACUCCGUUUUAGCCAAACAAAUGGGUUUCGGGGCGAGCGUUGGGCUCCGCCGCGCCGUGCUGGGCGCUCGGUCCGCCUCAGCGGUGGGGAGUGAGCCAGGCCUCCUGCCGCCGCCGCAUCGGGGUGUGCAGCCCCGGGCCAGGCCCCGACCGGGGCAGGAGCGCAGAGCCUCUGUUAUGCACCUAAAGCCAUACUGGAAACUCCAGAAGAAAGAGCGACCUCUGGAAAUCAGCAGGGAAACUUUGAGAACUCCUAUGAGCCACCACGAAGCUAUAAAUGAUGAAAAAUGCAAAGCUAGCUACAUGAAACCAAGUGUCUUUCCUUCACCCUCUCUUGGUAAAGCGUCAUCUCGAAAGCCUCUUGGGAUUCUUUCUCCAAAUGUUCUGUGCAGUAUGAGUGGGAAGAGUCCGAUAGAGAGCAGCUUGAAUGUUAAAACCAAGAAGAAUGCACCGUCUGCAUCAAUCCACCAGGGUGAAGAAGGGGAAGGGCCGCUUGAUAUCUGGGCUGUUGUGAAACCUGGAAAUACCAAGGAGAAAAUUGCAUUCUUUGCAGCCCACCAGUGUAGCAAUAGGAUAGGAUCUAUGAAAAUAAAAAGCUCCUGGGAUAUUGAUGGGAGAGCUACUAAAAGAAGGAAAAAAUCAGGAGAUCUUAAAAAAGCCAAGAUACAGUUGGAAAGGAUGAGGGAAGUCAACAGCAGGUGCUACCAGCCUGAGCCCUUUGCAUGUGGCAUUGAGCACUGUUCUGUGCAUUAUGUGAGUGACAGUGGGGAUGGCGUCUAUGCCGGGAGGCCUCUGUCAGUCAUACAGAUGGUUGCCUUCCUCGAGCAAAGAGCCAGUGCCCUGCUAGCUACAUGUACGAAAAACUGCACUAACUCACCUGCUGUGGUGAAGUUUCCUGGGCAAUCCAGAAGUGUGCCCCCAGCCUCCGAGCCCUUUUCUGCCCCAGGAGCUUGUGAAGAAUCCACGGAAAGGGGAAAUUCUGAGGUUGGUGAACCACAGAGCGAGCCAGUCCGUGUCCUUGACAUGGUAGCCAGGCUGGAGUCUGAGUGCCUGAAGCGGCAGAGCCAGCGUGAGCCUGGGAGCCUCUCGAGGAAUAACAGCUUCCGUCGAAAUGUGGGCCGCGUGUUGCUUGCAAAUGGCACUCAGGCUAAUGAAGGCAAAACAAACAAAGGGGCCUUGGAGGCACCAGACACUCAGGUGAAUCCUGUGGGGUCUGUAUCUGUGGACUGUGGCCCCUCAAGAGCCGACCAUUGUUCUCCCAAGGGGGAUGAGUCCUGGGACGGUGCUCCUCGGGGCUGUCCGUCGUUGCCAGCGAGUGUGAAUUUCCUCAUGGACAGUGCAGAAUUUGAGCCAGAUCAGCAAACUGCCCUGAAAAAUGGCAAUAAAUAUGAUGUGGAGAUGACAGAAGAACUUGUUGGGUCAUCUUUUCCUGCUGGCACCUGCCCUCAAGCCAUUGAAUUGCCCACAGAUGCUGUUGAUUGUCUGAGUAGAGAGCUCGUGCCGCUUACUAGCCAAAAUCCUGAUCAGAGAAGAAAGGAAUCUUUGUGCAUUAGUAUCACUGUGUCCAAGGUAGAGCAAGGCCAGCCUUCUAGUUUAAAGCCCUGUGAAGACCCACUUCCAGGGAUGUUGUUUUUUUUGCCACCUGGUCAGCACCAGUCAGACUGUUCCCAGUUGAAUGAAAGCACAAGGGAGUCUUCCGAUGCCGGCCACCUUCAGGAUGCUGCUGAGGGUGACAGUACCACUGAGGAAAAAAGUGUUUCAGCUGAUUCAUUUGUCCUGCCAGCCUCUCCUGUGGAAAGUACAUUACCGGUGCUUGAGGCAUCCAGUUGGAAGAAGCAAGUGUCUCAUGACUUUCUGGAGACCAGGUUUAAAAUCCAGCAGCUUUUGGAGCCUCAGCAGUACAUGGCUUUUCUGCCCCACCACCUCAUGGUGAAAAUCUUCAGGUUACUUCCCACCAAGAGCUUAGUGGCUCUUAAGUGUACCUGCUGCUAUUUCAAGUUUAUCAUUGAAUACUACAAUAUCAGGCCAGCAGAUUCCCGCUGGGUGCGAGAUCCACGAUACAGAGAGGACCCUUGCAAGCAGUGCAAGAAAAAAUACGUGAAAGGGGAUGUGUCCCUGUGCCGGUGGCACCCCAAGCCCUAUUGCCAGGCAUUGCCCUACGGGCCAGGAUACUGGAUGUGCUGCCACCGGUCUCAGAAAGCCUUCCCUGGCUGUAAGCUGGGGCUUCAUGACAAUCACUGGGUCCCUGCGUGCCACAGCUUUAAUCGGGCAAUCCAUAAGAAAGCGAAGGGGACUGAAACUGAAGAGGAAUACUAAAGUCUACAUGAGAGGCGACAGAAGGACUGGUUUUCUAGAAUUGCAGAACCCCACCUAGAGCUGUAGAGCUACCAUGCGAGUGAGUGUUGCCUCUCAGAGCCAUCACUGUAGGCGAAUCUGUACGUAUUCCAUCAGGACUGCCACUGCUCAGGCAAUUUUUAAACUCUUGCUUUACGAGCUGUAGAAGGAAAUAGGUCUCAUUGUUUUAUAGUGGCACCUCCCAUUUGGUCCAGGGUGGUAUCCCACGGUUUGAUUCACUUGGCUGUGAAUAACUCUGCCUAUUCUCCCAAAUCAAAUCCAUCCUCAAACGAUGAAGACUUGCCACCAUCAAGGACAUUCAGAAGAGUUCAUUGCAGACUACGCAGGCGAUCCCCAAAAAGGGGUUCCAGAAAUGUUUUCAAGCACUGGCACCAUAUUUGAAAUAAGUGAAUAGUGUCCUCUGGAAAGAAUAGCAGCACUCUCGGAUGAAAAGUAUGCUUACAAAGGAAAAGUCAGGCACCUUACCUUAGCCCUUGUAUGCUUGAUCUGUGAGAUUGAGGUUUGUGGUUGGAGAUGGAUUUCAUGCCCUGUGGUGUUUACAGUGUAUAUAAUGGUUGUGUUUUCAUAGGGCUGUGAAAGUGCACAUUAAACCCGAGCGCCUUUACCUUAGAUGAGUGCUUUUGACCCCUCUGUAAAUAACACUAUUAAAUCCAGUUGUAUAGCGCGGAUAGCUGACUGAAGAGAAUCCCCACAAUGCAGCUAGGAUAGUGUUGCGGCUACAAUUGUGUGGGUUUUUGUUUUGUUUUGGUUUUUUUUUUUUUUUUUUUGGUCUCAUCUUAAAUUUGUACAUCCUGUAUAAAAUAUGAAUGUUUCCCAAAUAAACUAUGAAUGUUUCCUGUAUAAUAUAUGAACGUUUCUGAGAAGAAACUCUAAAUAGUUAAGAGGUUAACCUGUUGAAGAUACCAAAUAAUGGUUUAACUGGACAACCUUAAAAUUAGUAUAGAGAAAAAUCCUUUGUUAUAUUUUAGUGAUCCAUCAAGAAUGAGAGAAUAUUAUAUAGUCAGAUUAUAACAUUCUUGUCUACUUUACUCUUCCUGUCUGGUUAUGAAUUUUUUUUUUAACUUCAAUAAAAACAUGCAUCUUAAAUGGGA